AUUUUAUUCAAAAUGUACAUGAGAUCGAUUUUCAAAUUGAGAUAAGCAUUUUCAGGUAUAUAUAUAAAGUAAAUGUAUAUAAGUGUUAACAAAAUACACUAAAGAUCAUGAAUGGAUUAAAUAUGAUACAUAAACAAAGAUUGCUAAAAUUGGAAUAACAGAUUAUGCACAAAAAGAAUUAGGUGAUAUAGUUCAUGUAGACUUCUAAAAAGUAGGAUUGGUAUUCAAAACACACCAAUCAUUAGGAGCAAUUGAAAGUGUAAAAGUUGCUGCUGAUAUUUAUGCUCCAGUUGCUGGUGAGAUUGUUAAAGUAAAUUUCUUAUUUAAAACAAGAUUAAUGAAGAUUUGAAAGACUCUCCUAAUUUGAUUAAUGAGAAAGCAGAAGAAACAUGGAUUUUGUAAACAAAAGUGUAAAAUGAAGCUGAGUUAGAUACAUUAUUAGAUAAAUAAUCAUAUGAGAAAAUCAUUAAUAAAUGAGAAGAUUAUUAUUAAUAAUACAUCAUUCCAAU